AGAGAUUUUUUUAGUACCACCACCAUCUUCAAUAACUCAGUAGUACCAUGACACCGAUUAUACAAUAACCGGGCGUACUAUUUAACAUAUUACUCGAUCAAUCCAUUAAUAAUUGAAUAGAGUUUAAAUAUUAUGUACCUUUUUAUACAAAAAUCAGCUUUGAUAUUGACAGUGAACGUAUUUCUACUUAAUUUAAAAGCCGUACCUUAUGACUGUGCGAAAGUUGCCAAGAGCGGGUACCCCAAAUUUCCUGUUCCUGAGUGCAGUUGUGGAAAAAGGUCUGUAGCCUGGCAUCCUACGAGGGAACCAAGGAUUGUUGGUGGUGAGGAACCUCCUUACGGUGCUGUACCAUGGCAAGUUUCUUUGGAAUACCGUGGAAAACAUCGAUGCGGUGGAGUACUGAUUUCCAAAAGGAUAGUACUAACCGCAGGGCAUUGUUACACGGAAAACAUGAUUGUAGUAGCCGGUACCCACGAGCACCGGUACUUCAACUCAAUAGAAUCGACAGUUAAUCGACAAUCCCUUAAGGUACUAGAUGGUUUUGUGCAUCCAGAUUUCAGAAAGCUGGGUCCCUACAGUCAUGAUAUUGCCCUCCUUAUUUUAGCUGAACCAGGUUUUAAAUUCAAUGAUAAUGUAAAACCGGCCUGCUUGACUCAAGAAACGCCCACGCCAGGAACCUGGUGCGAAAUUUCUGGAUGGGGUUCCCAGGAUGCCAGAAGUCCCGGUAAAAUAUCCCCUAUACUGAAAUCAGCUGCUGUGCCAAUACUGUCCUUGGAUACCUGUAGAAAGGAGGGAGUGUAUGGUGGUAGAUAUCAGUCUAUACUGGACAGUAUGAUAUGCGCUGGUCAUUUAAAAGGUGGAAUUGAUGCAUGUGGAGGCGACUCAGGCAGUCCACUAAUUUGUCAAAACCACGGACGAUACGAAGUGGUCGGUUUGGUUUCAUGGGGAGAUGGAUGUGCCAAAAAGGACCGGCCAGGAGUAUACACAAACGUACCAAAUUUCUUGACGUGGAUCAGAGAGACUGCAAUAAAUAACAACAUUCGCUAUGAAAUAUAAAAUAUUACAUAAUUUGUCUAAUAAAAGAA